AUGAAGGGGUUAGGAGAUAACAGAAGCCGCCACCUCUCCGAUAACCUGGACUCCCCUCAAGACUCUCUUUAUGCCGCCCAAGACAGGAACCCUUACCUCCUCAGUCCCACUGACUCCUACCCCGUGGACCCCCGGUUUCCAGCCCAGAAUUCCCUCCAUAGUGACUGUCUCCUCCCACUCAACAACCAGAUUUCCAACAGCAGCACAUUCCCCCGUAUCCAUUACAACUCCCACUUCGAAGUCCCGGACGAGAACCCCUUCCCAAGCCAUGCCCAAGCCACUAAGAUCAACCGCCUCCCUGCAAACCUCUUGGACCAAUUUGAGAAGCAGCUGCCCAUCCACCGGGACGGCUUCAGCACCCUCCAGUUCCAGAGGAGCGACGCCAAGCACCGGAGCGAGAGCCCCGGGCGCAUCCGACACCUGGUGCACUCCGUCCAGAAGCUCUUUGCCAAGUCACAGUCCCUGGAGGGCCCCACCAAGGGCAGCGUGAAUGGUAAGAAGGGCACAGAGGACCCGAAGCAGAACCGGAGGAGCAAAAGCAAAGACCGGGCAAAGACCACCGAGACCAAACGCAGGCCCAGGUCCAACAUAUCAGGCUGGUGGAGCUCGGACGACAACUUAGACAGCGACACCUGCAGCUAUCGCAAUCCAAUGGGCCUCAUGACCCUGGGCAGGCAACCUGACCACAGCCAGCCUAGGUACUUCAUGCACGCAUAUAACACCAUCAGUGAGCACAUGCUGAAAUCCUCCAAGAGCAAUAACGACCUCAAGGUCACCCCCUGCGCCAAUAUCCCCAUCAGCAACGAGUCCAACUACAUCAAACGGGGCUCCUGGUCCACGCUCACCCUUAGCCAUGCCCGGGAAGUGUGCCAAAAGGCCUCUGCCACCAUCGACAAAGCCCUGCUGAAAUCCAAGUCCUGCCAGCAAGACUUAGCCUAUCAUUACUUGCAGGUGCCUCAGGGAGAGUGGAACAAUACGCUGUCUCGGGACAAAGACAACGAGAUCCCGUGCCGGCGCAUGCGGAGCGGGAGCUACAUCAAAGCCAUGGGGGACGACGACAGCGAAGAUUCAGAAACCAGCCCCAAACCGUCCCCGAAAACUGCAGCUCGGAGGCAGAGUUACCUCAAGGCCACCCAACAGUCCCUGAGUGAGCAGAGCACCGCACACAGGAGCCUGGACCGCCUGGACUCCGUCGAGAUCCUCUUACCUCCAAAGUUCCCAAGCUGGGAGGAAGAAUACAACCAGCUCACUGACAACAUCGAUGAGUCCAGCUGCAUCAGCCAGAUAUUUGGACAGUCCUCAUUUAUCCCACAGAUAUUUACACACGGAGAGCAGACAAGGGAGGCAGAGCUGAGCGACCAGUAUGAGACAGUGUGUGAAUCAGCCUACAGUGAAGCCGAAUCAGCUGCUGUGGAGGUGCUAGACCUGCCUCUGCCCAGCUACUUCCGCUCCCGGAGCCACAGCUACCUCCGAGCCAUCCAGGCAGGCUGCUCCCAGGAAGAAGACACGGCCUCCAUCCGAUCCAUCUCGCCGCCUCCCGCCAGCAGCAUCAGCGGCAGCAGGACGCUCCCCAGCAACAGCAGUUCAUCAUGCCUAGUGGCAUAUAAAAAGACACCUCCCCCCGUCCCACCUCGGACCACCUCAAAGCCGUUCAUCUCUGUCACCGUGCAGAGCAGCACUGAAUCAGCCCAGGACACCUACCUGGAUAGCCAGGACCACAAGAGCGAAGUCAACAGCCAAUCGGGACUGAGUAAUUCUUCAGACAGCUUAGACAGUACCAGAACACCCAGUGUGACAAGAGGCAGCCUUGUGACUCCAGCCAGAGAUGCUCCAGAGUUACCCCAGAAAAAUGCAACCUUGAAAAGUGACAAAGGAACUCUGACAAGUGAAGAGCCUAAGGUGGAGAAUAUUCCCAAAAGGAAGCUGUCGUCUAUAGGAAUACAAGUUGACUGCCUUCAGCCAGUGGCAAAGGAGGAGCCCCCUACGCCAACCACCAAAUUCCAGUCCAUCGGGGUACAGGUAGAGGACGAGUGGCGAAACAACCACUCUCGCAGUAUGUCCUCCAAACAGGACGCCGAUUCCGACGCACAGGAACCGAAUCACUCAAACUGUAAAUCGUCUGAGAGAAGCCUUGCUGAUUGUCCCCCGCGCUACAACUCUGUCAGUGUUGAUGCCAGUACCAGGCAACCAGCCAAGCCCUCCCAGUUCAAGAGAAAUCUCUCCUAUGGAGAUAGCAGUGACCCAGCCCUAGAGCCUUCCUCUCUCCCUCCUCCGGACCCUUGGCUCGAGACAUCCUCCAACUCGCCAUCAGAACCAACACAACCAGGAGCCUGCAGGCGGGAUGGGUACUGGUUUCUGAAACUGCUGCAGGCAGAAACAGAAAGGUUAGAAGGAUGGUGCCGUCAGAUGGACCAGGAGACCAAAGAGAACAAUCUCUCUGAAGAAGUUUUAGGAAAAGUCCUCAGCGCAGUGGGCAGCGCACAGUUACUCAUGUCCCAAAAGUUCCAGCAGUUCCGGGGCCUCUGUGAGCAAAACUUGAACCCCAAUGCCAAUCCCAGACCCACAGCCCAGGACCUAGCUGGGUUUUGGGAUCUCUUGCAGUUGUCCAUUGAAGACAUCAGCAUGAAAUUUGAUGAGCUCUACCACCUAAAGGCUAACAGCUGGCAACUGGCAGAAACACCGGAGAAGAAGGAAGAGAAGAAACCACCCCCUCCAGUGCCAAAGAAGCCAGCCAAGCCCAAAACCCCACUGAACCGGGACAAAGCCUCUGAUUCUGUGGAUAAGCAGCGCCAGGAAGCUCGCAAGCGUCUCAUGGCAGCCAAGCGGGCUGCCUCUGUCCGGCAGAAUUCUGCCACGGAAAGCGCGGACAGCAUUGAAAUCUACGUCCCUGAGGCACAGACCCGCCUUUGAGCAAAGGGGAAGAGGAAGGAAACACGUGUUUUUCUAAAUCAUUAAAGAGGAAAAAAAAAUUCUCUCUAAACUUAGUGUGAUUUAUUCGGUCUAGAGACGCUGAGCCAACCUGACAAAGGGCUCCCAAUUCGGCUUUUUUUCUCUCAGCUUUAAGUAACGAAGAUUUUAAAAAAAUCCCACACACAACAACAAAAAUUCCCCCUCUUGUUUUCUCUCACUGGCUGUGGUGUUGCUGAACAGACUGAAAAGACUCCUGGAAGCCCCAGCCCCUCAGACUUGGAACUUCAAUCUUUUUACUUGCUCAAUCUAAUGAGAAUUAUUAGCUUGUUUACAAGAAGAGGACGACAAAAAAAAAAAAAUGAAGCCUUGAGCACUUGCCAUGCUGUGUUCUUUCUCCUUCUCCUCAACUCUGUUCUUCCUUAUCCUUAGGGUUUUUUUCUUCUACCUCUUAUUCUACCUUAUCCACCCCCUCUCUCCCACUUUUUGCAUGGCUUUGUUUACUGUGUUAGAAAUAACCUCUCUUCCACAGAGCUCCCGAAGAGAACAUCUGUUCAGCGUGUACUGGUGUUGCACUCUGCUAGCUAGCAGCCUUUCUUUAUUUUUCCUUUAGUGGGGGGGAGGUGUAGGGGCGAAGGGCAGCAGGGUUCACAUAUCGAUGUAUUUGAUUGAAAAGGAAGGAAGAAAAGAUCUGUGGAAUGUAAUGCCGAGUUCUUCAUGCAGCCUGGAAGCAAACGUGUGCAAUAAGGUGGUGAUGGGGGCAGCGCUUCGUUGGCUGAUUCCAAAAGAAAGCUGGCCCCAUUCCAGGCACAGGAUGGGAGCUGGAAGGAUGAUGUGGUGGAACAAGUGUGACCCCUAUGUGCGCACGCGCGCACACACACACACUCACUCACUCACACUCUCUCUCUUAUUUUGUCCCCUUCUACACAUUUUAUUUUUCUUGAGAAUCACUUGUUAAAAAAGCAGUUGCUACACAGUGGGGACCUGUUUCAAGGGGGAGGAAGGGUGUAAUGAUAGGGUAUGUCAGGGUGGAGAACUGGGUUUUCUACAAAAAGAAGGGGGAGGGUGGCUAAUGGCAGGCUGGCAGCCGGCCGACCUGUAUGUAUGUGUACAUAUGCACAUAUACACUUACUAGGAUCUGUAUAUUUAAUGCAUACACACAUAUACAUACCCAUACACAAGUGCAAGUGGUGUAUUAAAAGCACCUCAGUGAGAGUGGGCGUAUGUAUAGCAUAUAUUUUUACAUGUACUAUAUCUAGAUGUGUGUAAAAGUGUGUGUAAAAAUAUAUACCCUGUGUGUAAUCAGAUUAUUUUUCCUUGUAUCCCGUGCUUUUUUUGGUGAAAGGGAGGGGUUGCUAAAUAUUUUGAUCCUUUUUAGCUUCUUCUCC